GUCCAAGAUUUGUCAAUUGUCAUCAUCAAGUUCGACGACCGGAAUCAAACGGAAGGAGGUAAAGUGUCAUUAUUUGAAAGAAAAGGCCCAAAGUGUAACACUUUCAUCGCUCCGCUCCAUCACUUUAAUCACUUGGAUUCUUCUUGUUCGCUAUGGCGGGGGAAGGAGGAGGGACUCUGUCGGAGCUGUAUCAGAGAUCGAAGCGGUUGCUGCUGAAAACUAGAGAUGAUUUGGAGAGAGUUGAGCGGCUCGAGUUUUCGUCAUCGGCCGGUGCCAUCGGCUCAUCGGAACUAUCUGUUGCCGUUAGGAGGGAUAUUUCUCAAAUCCAAGCCCUUUGUUCUGAGAUGGAUGGACUCUGGCGAUCCGUUGCAUCAAAGCCCCAACGAGAUCUCUGGAAGAGGAAAGUGGAGCAAGUAGCUGAAGAGGCCGAUUCUUUGAGAGAAAGCUUAGAUAGGUACAUGCAGCGGCAGCAGAGAAGGAUGCAAGAAGCACAAGAGAGAACAGAAUUGCUUGGAAGAGCUAACGGAGAAUCAUCUCAUGUUUUGCGAAUCUUUGAUGAGGAAGCACAAGCAAUGCAGUCUGCACGAAACUCUUCUCGAAUGUUGGAAGAAGCAUCAGCAACUGGAGCAGCCAUUCUUGCUAAAUACUCUGAACAAAGGGAGCGCUUAAAGGGAGCUCAAAGGAAAGCAUUGGAUGUGCUCAACACACUGGGGUUAUCGAAUUCUGUAUUGAGGAUUAUUGAGAGGCGGAAUCGAGUUGAUCAGUGGAUUAAAUAUGCAGGCAUGAUUCUUACAUUUGUGAUAGUAAUUGCUUUCUUGAGGUGGGUUAGGUGACCUAUUUCUUGUUUCUCUUUGACUUGAAAUAGGGUUUGUUGUAUUUCCUACUUAUCUUGCUUUUAUACUGAAAAGGUUUUUCUGGUUACCAAGUGCAUUCUAUGUUUAAUCAUAACAACCCAUUAUACAUAAUAUUACACCGAAUUUACAUGAUAUAACCUCAAUUAAACUGAGUCACAUGCAUAUAGAAUCCAGAUGCCAUGUUUUAACCAUGCUCUCCAACAUCGAUGAACUUGUUGAACAAGGUUCUUUGUACUAUUCUGUUAAAUUUAGCUAUUUGUGUAUCAACACAAUUAUCAAUAUAAAUAAAAGGAAGAUGAUGAGUAACUUUUGCAGG